CCAACAGAGGUUGGAAACCUUAAAAAUUUAAUGGAAUUGGAUAUCUCUGAGAAUAGGUUGUCUGGUGAAAUUCCUAGCAGUCUUGGUAGUUGCACUAGUCUUGAAAACCUUUAUAUGCAGGAAAAUUCUUUUCAAGGAUCUAUUCCUCUAUCAUUGGAAUCUUUGAGAGGUAUUAAAAACUUUGAACUUUCUCAUAACAACUUGUCUGGAAAAAUUCCGACGUUCUUAGAGAAAUUUUCCCUAAUGAUUCUCAAUUUAUCCUUUAAUGAUUUUGAGGGUGAGUUACCAAUGGGGGGAGUUUUCACAAAUGCAAGUGCAAUAUCAAUUGUUGGAAAUCAUAGGCUUUGUGGGGGUAUUUCUGAGCUACAACUACCGAGUUGCAUCACCAAGAAAUCCAAACAUAAGAUGCCUCUUUCACAUAUAUUGGCAAUUACAGCAGCUUCUGUACUUGUUGGAGCAGCACUUUUGUCAUUCUUUACAAUUUAUUUGUUCAAGAAGCAAAGAACAGCUCAAUCUACAGUUCCAGUGUUGAAAGAAUCAUUCUUGAAAGUCUCCUAUGAGAAACUCCUCAAAGCAACAGACGGUUUCUCUUCUGCGAACCUAAUUGGUUUUGGUAGUUUUGGCUCUGUAUAUAGAGGAAUUCUCAUUCAAGAUCGGGAGUUUGUUGCUGCUAUCAAAGUACUUAACCUUCAAAAUCGUGGAGCCAUCAAGAGUUUCAUGGCAGAGUGUGAAACCUUGAGAAAUAUUCGACAUCGAAACUUGGUUAGGAUCAUAACUUCUUGUUCCAGUGUUGAUUUUCAUGGGAAUGAGUUCAAAGCUCUCGUUUAUGAGUUCAUGCCAAAUGGGAGUCUAGAGAGGUGGUUGCAUGCAAGUCUAGAAACAAAUGAUGGGCAAAAUGAGCAGCAGAGACUCAACCUUGUACAAAGAAUAAACAUCGCCAUAGAUGUGGCUUGUGCGCUCGAUUAUCUUCAUCACCAAUGCCAAAUGCCGAUCAUUCACUGUGAUUUGAAGCCAAGUAAUAUCCUUCUUGACUGUGAGAUGGUUGCCCAUAUUGGAGAUUUCGGUCUAGCUAGAUUUUUCCCAGAGCUCACCAAUCCAAAUCAAAGUAGCUCAAUUGGAGUAAGGGGAACCAUCGGAUAUGUAGCUCCCGAGUAUGGGCUCGGAAGUGAGAUGUCAACUUAUGGUGAUGUCUACAGUUUUGGGACCUUGUUAUUGGAGAUGAUAACAGGGAAGAGACCCACAGAGAACAUGUUUGAGGAAGGGCAUAAUCUUCAUAACUUCGCAAGAAUGGCCUUGCCUGACCGAGUGAUGGAGAUUGCAGACCCGGUACUCCUAGACAAUGAGGAAGAAGAGGCUAGAGCAACAACAAUUCAAGUGAACAAUGGCAGCAAAAUUGUGGAAUGUUUGAUUUCCAUGGUCAAUAUUGGAGUGGCAUGCUCUACAGAGUCACCACAAGGUCGAAUGAGCAUAAGUAAUAUCCUCCAUGAACUUCAUUUGGUCAAGAACAAACUCCUAAAAGACGAACUUCAAACUAGGUACUAAAUUGAAAAGGUCUUGCUCAAUAUUUCUAACUUCAUUCUUCUAUAGAAUUGCUCUUAUUGUUUCUCUAACAUUUGUUUUGAUCCUCCGUGGUUUGUCCUUGUUAACAGGACGCUGCAUAGAUCAUAGGACGCUGCAUAGAUUAUUGGACAUGGCAUGUUUUCUAGUGACAAUAUGAAGCUUGAUGCUUGUCAAAACAGUGAGAAACGGUGAACAGUAAAUCAAAAAGGAAGAGGAUUAUGAUUAUCACAAAUUGUAUAAAUAAUACUAUAUGAUUACUAGAUUAUUUUGGAUUCAGUCAGUGUGAGAGAAUGAUAAUGUAAUGUACGUGUGAUGUGAGUUUGUUUUCCUUUUUAAUUUCAGACCUUCAAUUUUA